AUGCCCGACCUCAAGCACACAUCGCAUGGAGCGCAACCCCCGACGUCGCCGAAAGGACAUCCCCUCCCACGACGCUCGUCACCUGAGCAUUCUAUAACCCUUCGUCACCAUCGCCUUGCUCGUGAAGCAAGUGAAAGAGCUGCGUCGUCACGCGUCGCUGCCGCUGCUAGCUCCAGGUCCUCUUCAUCGGCGAGGAGACAGUCAUCCGGCGACAGCCAAAAAUCUGGACCUAGCGAUCCGACGAAGUGGUUCGACCAGAACAAUGAAAACCCAACGGUCGGGUUUUCCCAUGCAAUGGACGUUGACCCUCCAUUUUUCCAAAAGGAGUCCGACUCCUCUAACGAAGACACAGGGAAGCCGACUAGCUAUCCCGCGCAUUUGUUGAAGCCUCCUAUGACAGGCACUCUCAAACCUAGCGCCACUCAUAGCAGCAGCGCUGACGACUACCGAAGUGUAAUCGAUGACUUAACCGUUGAGAUUAAGAGGUUGAAGGAUGAAUUGCGGCGGUACAAGCAGAAUGGUCCGGAGAUGAUGAAGAGGGACAAACUGUUUGAGAUAAAAGUUCAUGGCCUCCCAAAGCGCAAGAAGAGAGAGCUGGAGAGCACUUUACGCGAUUUUGCAUCCGGGUUGGAGAGUAAUACCCCCAGUGCUGAGGCAUCUUCGGCGCGGAAAAAGUCGCGGCAUACGACGCGCCAGGAUUUUGGCUCAGGCUCAAUGUCCAAGCACGCAUCGUCGUCGUCCGGGUCCCACUCAAGACCAGUUGACUCUGCGUAUGCUUCAAUGUCAACAGGUGCCCAUUCAUCUGGAACCUCCUUAGCACGACCGUCAAUCAGUUCAAGAGCGAGAUCCUCGGAGCAGAAGGUGGAGAAUUAUUUGAAAGACAUCCCAGAGGGGUUGUAUCCGCGACAUAUGGUCAUGACAGAGAAGGACAAGAAGAAACUUAUUGUUCGCCGCCUAGAACAGAUUUUCACCGGGAGAAUAACUGGUCGAAGCCUUACCCGCAAUCAACCCAAGUCCGCCGCCAACAUCGCCCCUUUGGCCCCUAUCAUGGUUGAGCCAGCGACGGGAAAUACUACCACCAACCACGGGCCGCCUAAUAUUCUAACCGCACAAAAUGAACCGUCUCGUGAAGCGCGGAUCCUCUCAAUGGAGGAACAGAAGAGCAAGUCGAAAGACAAUAACUCGACUUCAAACUCGAACGACCAGCUCGACUCGGGUGGCAACUCGGCCACUGCGGUAGAUGUCGGCGCGUCAUCAUCACCGGAUGAUGCCCCACCUCCGGAACAACGCCCCACUCGCCCACGGGAUCUGGACCCGGACCGGAAGCAAAACCCGACCGAGAACAUGGAUUACAUUCGCCAUCUAGGACUCGCACCACCUCACUUGACUGCUCUGGCUACUCAUGAUGACGUUGCGCCCGAUGUCGACGGUUGGGUUUACUUGAAUUUGUUAUGCAACAUGGCACAACUACACAUGCUCAACGUCGCACCUGACUAUAUCCGCAGUGCGGUAGCUGAAAAGAGCACAAAGUUUCAACUUUCUCCGGAUGGACGCAAGAUUAGAUGGCGAGGAGGUACUGACGGCACCAAAUUCAGCAGCGACAGUUCUGGUGACACAUCCCAGAUGAGUCGAUCAGAUGAGUCAGAAGAAGUCGAGGAAGGAGGAAACAGGAAGAAGCGGAAAGCGACCCAGUCAUCAAAGAAUGGGCACUUUUCUUCCUCUUCCGCAAACAAUACGUCGGAACAAUCCAAAUUAGAGCAGCAGUUGUCGUCGGCUGAUAGCUUCCACUACAAGCCUCUGUUUCUGCAUCAGGGUUCCUCAGCCGAGCAAACCUCUCUUGAUGAGACCGGCUCGUCUUUUGCUGCUGGCGAGGACAGCAUCAAUGGCGAUUCACGAUGGGAUAAUGAUGGGUCAGCAUCGUCCCGGCGGAAGAAGCGUCGGCUUGACGGUGCCAUCAUUUAUUACAGUGGUGCCCCAUUUUGCACUGACUUGUCUGGCGAUCCUGGCGACGCAUCUCCUUCUUAUAUAUCGAGUGAACAAGAACAGGGAUUGUCCUCCAGCACGGAUUUACUCAGACCUGAGCCUAUCCCGCGUACCGCAUCAGGCUCCGUACUCCCUUACCGACCCCUUAGCGAGGAUACACAAAUCCCAAACGAAGCCGUUGGAACAGGGACAGAGCUUGAUGAUUCUGACACGGAAAUGGAGGCGGACUUUCCCUGGUCUGAUACUUCACAGAGUACUCCAACAAGCACUUUGGACGCCUGUGGUCUCGGCGGAGUCAUACCAGAUGAUCACUUUAUGGUUCUUGUUAACACCAAACGACCCAAAACUGAUACCCUUGCAAGCUCAUGCAAGCUGAACUCUGAAGACGUUCCCAAGCUUGUGAAGAGAAUCAUUUCUCCUCUGAACUCAGCAAACGAAAGAUCGCCGCAACCAUACGAACGACAGCCGUGUCUUGUCGGUAUUCAGUACACGUCCGGAUCCAUUAAAAAGUUGGAUCCUGCGCCACUACCUCCACCAGGCAUGUACUUCGACUUUGAAAGCGAUUCGUUUGUGACGAGCGAUUCCGCAUCGGGUGACAUGGAUGAGUCUCUAUCCCUGAAGGGAAAUCGGGCCGGUCCUCAUAUGUUUGAAAACACUUACCCAGACGAUGAAGAGAUGACAAGCGGAGACGAGGAGGGCGGUGAACCCGACGAUGAAGAUGAGCCAGACGCCGAGGACGAAGAUGGAUCCAGCGAUGAAAUCAAGAUUCCCAUCCCACUGAGCAAUAUCCGCCGUCGCAGCAGCAGCAGCGCUCUUGCAGCAGCUGGCACGGUUCGAAGCCGUAGCAAAAGCCAGAGUGUUGAGCUACCUGUUGCAACCGGCAGCUCGGUCGCCACGGCGGGCGGUGCUGAGAGCGGUUAUAGCAGCAGUCGCGAAGAGAGUACUUGA